CGCGCGGCGGGGGAUGAAGUACUUGAAGCCGUGGUGGUCGGACGGCGGCAGCCUUCUUCACUUCACCAUCCUGCUGAGCUUGGCGGAGCUCCGCCUGGACCUGGACCUGGACCUAGACCUAGACCUCUACCUGCUGUUUGCGCCGCGCACUCUGNGAGGGGGGGGGCACGCCUGCGCACCUCCACCCUGCGUCCCCGGGGCGGUGGGGUUUGCAGGGGUGGAGGGUUCCGUGACGCUCCCCUUCCCGAUUCCGUGCCACCCUGGGAUGAAACCCAGUGUUGGAUGCUGUCCCAGAUGGCACCCUGCCCCCAUCACUGCUCGGUGCCAACCGGCCUGCGAGGUGUGCGAGGACCUGGAGGCACAGGAGGCUGCUCUUCAAGGACUUCGCUCCCCUGCCCAGGCUCUCCUGGUUGAUAUCUCUUUAGACCAGCGAGGCUGCCAUGGGGGAAAGCUCUGGGGACCUAGGCAGAGCCAGACCUUGGAUGCCCUGAGCCCAGAUUUCCUAAGGGAGAGGGUACCAGUUGUUGCAAGUCCGCAGUAUCUAGAAGCAGCUGGACUACGCGUGGGACCAUUUGCAGAAGGACUUGGUCCUCACUCAGAGGAGCGUGGAGCCCAGGCCUGCCGCUCUCGUGGUCAGUGUGCUGGCCCCGGAGCUUCACUGCUGCCUGCUUAUGUGAUCGGAGCACACUUGUUAACCUCCCUGUGCCUUGGCUCCCUUAUCUGUGAAAUGGUUGAGGUGCAAGUUAAAUGGGUGCCUGCAUUUGUCAGAAUUGUGCAGUUAAGGUUUAUACAGUUCUGGCCAGUUGAGGUGCAAGUUAAAUGGGUGCCUGCAUUUGUCAGAAUUGUGCAGUUAAGGUUUAUACAGUUCUGGCCAGUUCUUAUCUGUGUGAUGCAAGUGGGAGCCAUCGCGGGUCGUGGUGCAGUUGGCUUUCCUGUAGGAAGAGGGAACCCUUCUUCCUACAGAAGAGGAAAUGAGUCUUCGGUGAAUGACUUCUCACAGCAGCAACAGGGGUGUUGGGACACCCAGCGACUACCAGUGGAAGGUGGAGCCCCGGAGCAGAAAGGAGCAGUACCUGGGAUGCCAGGCAACUUCAGUGAGAUCAUGAUUGUGGUGCCUGGCCCAGACUGUGGAAGGGAAUACAAGAAAGCAAGUUUGCACGGAAGCAGGAGUCAAGCUGUGGAGCAGGAGAAUGAGGUAUUAAAAGGUGUGGGCCACAGUCCCCAGCAUGAAGAAAAUGACCAAAGAUCAUCAACCCAAAAGGAAAAAUCACUACAGCAGAAGAAUGAAGAUGAAACUAAAGUAGCAGAUAAGCCUGCCUGGGAGGCAGAAAAAAACACUGAAUCUAGAAGUGAGAGAUAUCAAAAUGGAACAGAAGCAUUUUUCUCUCUGGAAGACUUAUUUCAAUUGCUUUCAUCGCAGCCUGAAAAUCUACUGGAGGGAGUCUCACUGGGAGAUAUUACUCCUCUCCCCGGAAGUAUCAAUGAUGGCAUGAAUUCCCCCACACAUUAUAAUGUAAAUUUUAGCCAAGCUCUAAGUCAUGAUGUAAGUCUCCACGAGGCCAUGUUGCUAUGUUCUGACAAUACAUUUAGAAGGGAUCCAGUAGCAAGGACUUCACAGCCACAAGAACAAAUUCUACAGUUAUGUUCUCCUACUACCAAUACUGAACAGACCUUUCCUGGAACUAAUUUGACAGGAUUUCUUCGGUUUAUUGACAAUCAGAUGAGGAAUCUAAGCCAAGACCAUCUGUAUGACCUUGAUAUAAACAUAUUUGAUGAGAUAAACUUAAUGUCUUUGGCCACAGAAGGUUUUGAUCCAAUGGAAGUUUCUUGGCUGCUUGAAGAACCAGGUUAUGAUUCUGGGCUUUCCUUAGACUCAAGUAACAAUAGCACCUCUGUUAUCAAGUCUAAUUCUUCUCACUCUAUAUGUGAAGGUGCUACAGGUUCUAGCAGUGACCUUUCCCACCAUGACCUAGAAGGGGCUGUAGGAGGAUACUGUCCAGAGCCCAGUAAGCUUUGUCACAUGAAUGACAGGAGUGAUUGUCAUUUUCAUGGGGACUUUGCAUUUCAAUACGUAUCACAUAACCACACUUACCACUUACAGCCAAGUGCACUAGAAUCCACUUCAGCAUCUUUUUCAUGGCCUGGGAAGUCACAGAAAAUAAGUAGAUACCUGAAUGACACAGACAGAAACUUAAGCCGUGAUGAACGACGUGCUAAAGCUUUGCAUAUCCCUUUUUCUGUGGAUGAAAUUAUCCGCAUGCCUGUAGAUUCUUUCAACAGCAUGUUAAGCAGGCACUAUCUAACAGAUUUACAACUGUCGCUCAUCCGUGACAUUAGACGAAGAGGGAAAAAUAAAGUUGCUGCUCAGAACUGCCGAAAGCGUAAACUGGAUGUAAUUUUGAACCUGGAAGAUGAUGUAUGUAGCUUGCAAGCAAAGAAGGAAACCCUUAAAAGAGAGCAAUCCCAGUGUCACAAAGCUAUAAACAUAAUGAAACAGAAACUGCACCACCUCUACCGUGAUGUUUUUAGUAGGUUAAGAGAUGAUCAAGGUAGACCAAUCAGUCCAAACCAGUAUGCUCUUCAGUGCACCCAUGAUGGAAGUGUUUUGAUUGUACCCAAGGAAUUAAUGAUCCCAGGCCAGAAAAAGGAAAACCAAAAGGGAAAACGAAAAAAUGAGAGAAAAAAUUGAAGAUGGAUUCCACCAAUACACAUAAGCAGUUAGAAACUGAUAAAGGACCACAAAUCUGCUUCCAAGUUUAGCUCGUGUUAACUUUUAAGUACUGCAGCUUGAAUCACUCAGGAUGUUUUCAAGCUUAUGUGGACAAGUUUAGUUAUCAGUAUCAGACCUGAGGCAGAAGCCACAACUUCAUGAAGUCCUAAUAGUAUGUACAAACAAUGUGACAUGAAAACAGCCUACUUUGGUAGCCAUUUCUUAAAGAUGGUCUUUUUAAAAGAACACUGGAUGCAGUUAUAUUCAAAACAUGUUUUUUUGACUUAGAACACAAUUUAACCUUAAGGUUUUUUUCAGUUAGCACUGAAGUUUAGUGACUUUUCAAGAGCCUUUUAGCUUAAUUUUUAUGAAUACUUAACUUAUACAGCUUUUUCUGUGGAAAUAAACUUUAUAUUUGAUUUUAAAAA